ACUCACCUCUCAGUAGUUAACACAAGUAAAAAAAAAUGAAGAUGGGAAGCUUCUCUCUCCCUCACCUUCUCUCAGUUUUCACCUUCAUCACAUUCUUCUUAGUAUCCCAAACCGGGCCAGCGACUGGUCUGCCACUGACCACCAAUUCGAGAUGGAUUGUGGACGAGAUGAGCGGGAAGAGAGUGAAAAUGGCGUGCGUGAAUUGGGUUUCUCAUCUGGAGGUUGUGCUGGCCGAAGGACUCAACAAGCAGCCUAUUGAUGCCAUUGUAGGCCGAAUCUCAUCGAUGGGGUUCAACUGUGUUCGCCUCACUUGGCCUGUCUACUUGGCCACCAACACCUCACUCGCCUCUCUCACCGUUCGACAGUCCUUCCAAAGGUUUGGUCUUGUAGAAGCCAUAGCUGGUAUUGAGGCCAAUAAUCCCUCCAUCAUCGACCUUCCCCUCAUCGAAGCCUACCAGACAGUGGUAGCUGGGCUUAGAAAAGGGAAGGUGAUGGUGAUCCUGGACAAUCAUGUUAGCAAUCCCAGUUGGUGUUGCAACAAUAAAACCGAUGGCAAUGGGUUCUUUGGGGAAAAGUACUUCGACCCAGACCUGUGGAUUAAGGGGCUUACUCGAAUGGCCACACUGUUCAAGAAUGAUCACAAUGUCGUCGGCAUGAGCUUGAGGAAUGAACUCCGUGGGCCCAGGCAGAAUGAAGACGAUUGGUACAAGUACAUGCAAAGAGGAGCCGAGGCAGUUCAUGCAGCAAACCCAAAUGUCCUUGUGAUUAUCUCUGGUUUAAAUUUCGAUACGCACUUGUCGUUCUUACACGAUCGACCAUUCGCGCUAACAUUUUCUGGUAAACUAGUAUUUGAAGUUCACUGGUAUUCCUUUUCGGACUCGGAUGCAUGGGCAAGUGAGAACGCAAACAAAGUGUGUGGUGUGUUGGCCGCUAACAUGAAGAGACAAUCAGGGUUCUUGGUAAAGAGAGGAUUUCCAUUGUUUUUUAGUGAGUUUGGAGUCGACCAAAGGGGGACCAAAGAGAAUGACAACAGGUGCUUGAAUUGCGCCUUAGCUGUGGCAGCUGAGCUAGACUUGGAUUGGGCUUUGUGGACUUUGGCUGGUAGUUACUACUACAGAUCAGGUAUUGUUGGGUUAGAAGAGGUUUACGCAGUCUUGAACUGGGAUUUUGAUGGAGUUCGAAAUGAAACUAUGUUACACAAGAUGACUUCAAUUCGAUAUCCUUUUCAAGGACCAGGUUUAUCAACAGGUCAACCACACAAAGUCAUUUUCCACCCUGCAACUGGUCAAUGUGUUGUAAGAAAAUCCCAAUCGGGUCCAUUGGCGUUGGGUCCUUGCUCUAGCUCUGAUGCAUGGCACUUUUCACGUGAUAAGAAGGUAUUGAGGAUCAGAGGAACACCCUUCUGCUUACGAGCAGGAGAAGCAGGGAAACCAGCCCAACUUAGCAAAGAUUGUGCCGACUUCGACUCCAAAUGGAAGCCCAUUUCGGAAUCUAACCUGCAACUCUCUACUACCACUGGCAAAAACGACACCGUUUGCCUAGACGUUGAUUCUGCGAAUGAGAUUGUCAUAAACCCUUGCUAUUGCGUGAGUAAAGAUAGUUCGUGCGACCCGUCAAGGCAAUGGUUCAAGCUUGUUCACAGCACAAGACAACCAAACUUAGAAUUUUUUUCCAAUUAAGUUGAACUCCAACUAUUUAUUGACUUUCCGAUUGAGGUUUGAUGAGGAGUCUGAAUGGAAGGCUUUUGUCCAGAACGUUACAGAAUAAGCAUGCAUGGUUAUGAAUUUAUGUUCCAAACCAGUUUUAGAAUUGUUUAGUUUUGUCUAUAUUUAAUAAGUAUGACAAAUAAUUUAUUUAGUUUACUUUCAAUUGUUUA